AUGGCGAAGGCCAUGGCGCGAGGAGAAAUGCACGGCACUGCCGCCAUCGCGCCGUCGCUUUCCUACAGGGCCGGCCGGGCGAAGCUUCCUACCCAUAGAUUAGAAAAAUUUCGCUGCAUCCUCACGGUCUUCCACCGGGUCGCCACUGCCCCGCCCCCGCCCCCACCUCCGCACUGCCGCUGCCCGCUCCCUCCACCCCGCACCGCCGCCCCUCUCUCCUGCACCGAGGUGGAGCUCGGCCACGGCCUCCACCGGCGGGAGGCGGUCGCCCGCGGCUCCCGGCGGCACGCCGGGCGGAGCUCGGACCGGACUGGUUCCCUCCCCCCCCCGCCUCGCGCGGCCGUUGCUCCUGGCGGCGCGGCAGGAGAACGGGCCCGGUGGCGGCAGCUGCCUGAUCCACUGCCCUCCUCCUUCUGGCCGGGCCGUGCUCCUGCGGCCGCGGUUACUGCUCCGACCGGCCCUCUCCAGCGGCCGAUCAGGAGCACGAGCUCCACGGCCUCCCUCGUCGGCGCUCAAGCUCGAUCGGCCUCGAGCUCCGUGGCGGCUCAGCGGCGACGGCGGGCUCAGCCGGCCUCCCUCCUCAGUCCUCCUCACUUCACUCGGCGGCUCCCCCUGGGCGUGCCUCCUUGCCGCGCCACCUCGCCGCGCUUCCCUGCUUCGCCCCAGCCGUACGUCCUUGCGCACCUCCUCGCCGCAUCUCUCUCUCGGUCGCGCGGCGAGCGGGCGGUCCCCGCGCCACGCCGUUUUGCAGCGGAUUCCGUGGCGGUGCGCGUGGCGCUUGAGUGGGCGCCGGCCACGCUACUGCUCCUCCAACUACGGCUCUCCACAUCCCGCUCCAUGCUCCUCCGACCCCUGGCCAUGGGUCUGCCAGGCACCAGAUCCGGCCGCCGCGGACCCACAUCCUGCGGCACGGGCGCACCGCGCACGGUCAGGCAGUUUGGUGUGGCAGCCCCCCACGGCGGUGAUGGAGCUUGGAGACCAUGGCCACGGCAGCCGAGGCCGUGCGAAACAUGGAGUGGGCGACGAGCGGGAGGGCGUCGUGGCGAGCGAGACUGCCGGAACGGCUCCUGUGACCACGGCCGCAUCUCCCCUCAUCAUCCGCCCGUGAUGCCUGCAGCGACUGUGUCCAGGUUCUCGGCCUCCAUUCAAACUCUGCAUCGUGGAGACAGCGACGGCCAGGAAUAGGUCCACGCAUAGCAUCAGCUUCUGAUUAGUGGUGACCUCUUCUCUUUUGGUCCUCUGCUCUUUUGAUACCCGAUUCAGAUUCGGUGUUCGCCUGUGUCCAGGUUCUCGGCCUCCAUUCAAGCUCUGCAUCGUGGAGACGGCGACGGCCAGGAAUAGGUCCACGCAUAGCAUCAGCGUCUGGCAUCAGCUUCUAAUUACUGGUGACCUCUUCUCUUUUGGUCCUCUGCUCUUUUGAUACACGAUUCAGAUUCUGUGUUCUGAUUUUUUUGAAUUGGCCCAAAUGAUACAAUUAGCGAUGGUAUGUUUUGUAUGCUUGUCUGACCAGUUAAAGAGGUGUAACCAAUUUUGCGAGUAGAGUGCAAACUGUCUUUGUGUUUACGCUUCUGAUGCUUGACAAUGUAGGUUCACCAAGAACAUGAACAUGAACCCUUGGAAAAACAAGCUUGUGUGAAGGAUAUGUGCAAUAAUUAAAAAUGUGUUAACCAAUGUCGAAAAACCUCCUGCAUAUUGUGCAUAAGUUUCUUCUGUCAACCCUUUUUUUAACUAAACUUCAAAUAGUAAUAAGUAACUCUGUUUCAAAUUUCAUUGUAGUCUAACCAUGUCAUUUCCUAAACAAUAUUCCUUCAACAGGUCAACACCAGAUCCUAUGAGAACCCAAAAGUAGCAAGAUCAACUGAAGCUCCACUAGCUAGCCAUCAAACAAGCUACGGUACGCGCACAGUCAUUCCUCAAUGGCUGACAGGCCACCUAUUUUUCCUCCUGAUCUUGCAAGUUGGUAGCUUUGUUGUUCUACAAGCUUACACUGAUAAGGAUAAGGAUGAAUAUUCUGCACUCUAAGUUGGGCUCCAGAUCAUGUUAAUGGCUCACCGCUGCCGGUAGCAGCAUCAAACAAUAGGAUCAUUCGGUCCAUCAAUUAUUACAUCCUGGAGCUUGUGAAUCUGAAUUUUUUUUCUUGUGUUUAUACAUAGAUUGGACCUUGACAGGACAUGAACAAGUACAUUUUGUUUUCUUCAUGUUCACAUUUCGAUCAAUGAAUAAGGAUAGUUGUUUUCUCCAUGUUCACACGUUGGCCAGUAUAUAUGAAAGGCAGGAAGAAAUGAAACCAUUUUACCAUUUGUAAUUGUAAAAUGGUUUUCCCAGCAGUUAUAAAGUAGAACCAUCA